AACAUCACGCAAUUCACCAUUUGUCGACGAUAUAAACGAGUCGAUUGUACACACAAAACUACGAGAAGAACAGAUCAAUACACUCAUUGCUACUUAUAUGCGCCUCUCCCCUUCAGCAAAUGCCUCUUACAGAUCUUGCCCCGCCAUCUGCGAAUGGCGAUGGUAACACUGCUUCGCCGGAGCCCACCUGGACGGUGCAGAAGUUCGGAGGAACCAGUGUGGGCAAGUUUGCGAUCAGUAUAGUUGACCACAUAGUAUUGCCAAGUUUGGCGGAUCAGAAAGUUGCCGUCGUAUGUUCCGCGCGCAGCAGUUCUUCCAAGGCCGAAGGUACCACAAAUCGCCUCUUGCGAGCCGCUCGAGACGCUCAGAACUCCAUAUCAAAAUCCUACGAUAUCUUAGUGGAAGCCGUGAGGCAAGAGCAUGUUGAAGUGGCUGAACAACAGAUAAAGUCCUCUGAAUUAAGAGACCGGUUAAUAUCAGAAAUCAACGACGAAUGCGCUUAUGUUCUUAAGAUUCUCGACGCUGCCCAGACGCUCGGGGAAACAAGUGCUCGAUGUGUUGAUAAAGUUAUUAGCGCUGGAGAGAAGCUUAGCUGCCGGUUCAUGGCUAUUCUCUUACAGGAUCACGGCGUUGACUCCGAAUACGUCGAUCUUUCUGAAAUAGUAGAUUUCACAAUUGGUAAUGGUGGCCUUGACCAAGCCUUUUACGAUCAAUUGGCCGCAAAUCUAGGGUCAAGGAUCCAAGCCUGCGGGUCAAGGGUACCUGUCGUGACUGGAUAUUUUGGACCGGUUCCUGGAGGUCUGCUAGACAAGAUUGGCCGAGGAUACACAGAUUUAUGCGCUGCUUUGGUCGCUGUGGGCGUCAAUGCCAGAGAGCUGCAAGUCUGGAAAGAGGUUGAUGGAAUAUUCACUGCAGAUCCUCGCAAAGUUCCAACAGCUCGUCUCUUACCAGCAAUCACGCCAGCAGAGGCAGCUGAAUUGACCUUUUAUGGAUCCGAGGUCAUUCACCCCUUCACCAUGGAACAAGUCAUUCGCGCAAGGAUACCGAUCCGUAUAAAGAAUGUCAUGAAUCCCAAGGGGAACGGAACAGUCAUAUUCCCCGACUCGACAGCCGAUCUCGAGCGUAUCGCGGGUGGUCAUAUAUCGAAGGUGAUCCGCUCAAGAAGUGCCAGUGUCUUGUCUGCCCAACUCCAGGGUCCCAAGAGGCCGACGGCAGUGACAAUUAAACAUAAGAUUCUGGUCAUUAACGUGCAUUCAAAUAAGCGAUCGUUAUCCCACGGAUUCUUUGCUGGUAUAUUUUCGGUCCUCGACCGAUGGCGCCUUUCGAUCGACUUGAUUUCCACCAGUGAAGUGCACGUCUCUCUGGCUCUUCAUUCUGAAUUGCCGCUUCUGAACGGAAUUGGUCGUGACGAGUAUCAGAUUAUUGACGAAGAUUUGCGUGGCGCCAUUGAAGACCUGAGAAAGUAUGGCACAGUGGAUAUCAUACCGGAAAUGGCGAUUCUGAGUCUGGUGGGCAAGCAGAUGAAGAAUAUGAUCGGUGUUGCGGGCAAAAUGUUCUCAACACUUGGAGAGAAUAACGUCAACAUCGAAAUGAUAUCACAGGGGGCAAGCGAAAUCAACAUCUCAUGCGUGAUCGAUGAAAGAGACGCCGAUCGAGCUAUUAAUAUUCUCCACACGAACCUUUUCACCUUUCUGGAAUAAUCGGUUAGAGAAAAGUCCUAUUUCUUGAAAGUUUUCAGAUAGAUUUGCAUGGUACAAAAGUUAUGGCAUUUUCUAUCAUUGCAAUUAUACAUGUACAGCUCUGGAAAGAAUGUUUUUUAUGUUUGUCUCGAGCGAAGCGGUUCGCAGGCUGCUUUUUGUAUAUUUGAUUUUAUUACUCUGUUCAGUACUAUUAUUAUGGUACGCUUAGACUUUCGCAUGUUGUCGCAUUUUCUCAGUUGCAUUUGGAGCUUCAAAGUGGCGUUCUUUUCUUGAUUAAUGGCUAUUG